AUGGCCACUGGGUCAGAGACUAAUAGGCUUGCUUUUCUUGCUCUCAAAGAUAAGUUAACAGAUGGCAACCCAGAAGCUCUGUCUUCAUGGAAUGAUUCCGUAUACUUCUGCAAAUGGCAAGGCAUUACGUGCAGUCUCCGUCACAUGAGAGUCUCAGCUUUGAACUUGACAAAUCAAAAUCUGGAGGGCACUAUUGCACCAGCAUUAGGUAACUUUACCUUUCUCAAACUGCUCAAUCUUUCGUAUAAUGGAUUGCAUGGUCAAAUUCUCAAACAGAUUAGCCGUCUUAGACAACUGCAAUAUCUCGAAAUUCCCUUCUGGUUCGGAUCUAUGCAGCAAAUUACAACGUUGAGUCUUGGUGCUAAUGAAUUUCAUGGCAUAAUACCACCUUCCUUGGGAAAUCUUUCAUCAUUGGAGCAUUUGUCUCUUGCACGUAAUCAUUUGGACGGAAGUAUACCUCAACCUCUCGGUGGGCUUUCAAAUUUACACAAGCUCUAUCUUGGUAGAAACAAUCUUUCUGGUAUAAUCCCUUUUUCACUUUAUAAUCUUUCUCGCAUGGAAGAAUUAAGUAUUGAUUACAACCACUUUUCUGGACCUAUUCCGUCAAAUAUUGGCCCUGCGUUUCCAAAUCUUCGAUAUUUUUAUGCGGGACACAACUUGUUGAUGGGAACUAUUCCAGCUUCAUUAUCCAACUUCUCUCAAAUGCAAAUAUUUGCAAUAUAUGAAAAUGCUUUUAGGGGUUUAGUUCCCACCUCUUUGGGAAGACUACAAAAGCUUCAUAAAUUUGAGAUUGACAAAUAA